AUCCCAUCGUUGCCGAUCUUUUCGCCUGUGCACGCUAAUGACCGUUAAUAUUUUGAUUUAAUCUGUAUAUAUAUAUAGUCUUUCGUGUGUGACUUUCGUUAAUAUUACACUUGCUUCCGCGAGAUACUAGCAGCAUUGUUAGAAGAAAUAGGAUUGAAAUUGCAAAUAUAUGCGAUUAACAAACACUGAUCGCUACUGUAACGACUCGUUUGAAAAAACUUAACGCGCCAUAUCUUGAUUUGAGAAUAUAUAUAGAUGGCAUACAUGACUUGUCAAAAUCUCCCCUAGCGGCUAAAUGGGACACUAAAAGCCCCUAUCGAAUGACAAGUUAUCGCACUAGAGAGUAUAUUGGAUUGCGCAAUCGACAUGUGUGUGAAAUAAACGCAAAUUAUUGAUGAUGUAUAGAGAGUGAACUACGUAAUUCUUAGAAAAUAGAGCUGCAGCAUUUAAUAUUGUUCUGUCAAUUUUUACCCUCUUUAAAAAAAAAAAAAAAUGUUUAGAAUUGACGUGGCAUGUUUUUGAAAAUUCAAAAUGUAAAAACCGCGAUUGAUCCUCUCCUCCGCCAGCCUGCUCCGACUCCUCAUCCGAUAUUAUAGUGUACGUGACGUAAACUAUAGUGUCAUAUAAUGCGUACGUUCAUGGUUCAUGCCCGCGCAACUCCUCGUCCAUGGACAAUCGAUGGUUAUGUAUGCGCGGCGGUUAUAUAUGCGAAUGAUGAUGAUUUCUUCGCAUAAUUAAUUUAAUAGCGAUCUAUCGAGAGUAACAUCGACCUUAGAAAAUAAUGCGUUUCAUGUACGCGUAUAACUUGCGUGCGAUCUAAUCGAUAGUGCGGACAAAAAAUCAAGACCGACACAAGUGUUACGUAUAGUAUCAUCACGAGUCCGCGGUUAUUUUUAUAAGAAGAUUUCGUAUAUGUGUAAAUGAGAGUGAAUAGAUUAAUUAAUCGUGCGGAAAGUGUCUACAACAUAACGCAGCAUCGAACGAUGUACACGUGGAAACUGACCGGUCAUGCUUUCAAACGAUUUAACACGAGUUGUAAUAGUCACAGCAGUAGCAGAUUAGCUAUCGUUUUGCAGCAUUGCGGCCCAAGAACGCAAAAUUGCGGCAAAUUUGGCAGUUACCGCAAGAGGAUAAGUUUAUGGUUCCGCGAACAGGGCACGCAGGUGGCCCAAGUUUGCAAAAAACAAUUCGAGUUUGUAGCGGCUCAACGAAUCAGACGAUACAUACAGAUUUUUCAUCUGUAUACGAGAAUAUGGGACGAGGUAGCAUUGAGGGAAUUCAUGCGGUCGUGGAGAUUGAGACUCGCCAGAAACACCAGGAAUUUUUUGAUAAGCGCAACCGGCGUAACCGUGUACGAUUGGAAUCGCGAUAGGAUAAGCGAUGAAGAAAUUAAUAGGUGGUAUAAUCGUGAGAUUGAAGGAAUUCAUAGAUUGCGAGACUCCACAGUAGUCUGUGCCAAAUGUCAUUUGCGAAUUGUCAUUGAUAUUGUACAGUCCAAUGUGAAAUAUUGUAAAUGUAAUGGAGUUCAAUCUUCUGUUGCUUCGAAUCAAGAUUUAGAUAGUUGGCAGCCUUUCAUCGAACGUCAGGAUAUGGUAAUAUGGAGGAAAAAAGAGCCUGAUUCGGGAGGAUUAUUUGCAUACAAAGUAUAUGGUUCCUUUUCUGAUGUUACUGCCGAUGAUUUUCUGCAAGUACAAAUUGACGUAGAUUAUAGAAAACAAUGGGAUCCCACUGCUCAGGAAUUAAAAAUUAUUGAGACUGAUCCAAAGUCAGAAUCAUCCAUUAAUCAUAGUACUGACAUUAUUCAUUGGGAAAUGAUUUGGCCUAAAUUAUUUUCUAACAGAGAUUACGUAUAUCAACGACGAUGGAUUGUGGAUAAAGAGAAGGGACUUGUGAUUAUUGUGAGCCGAGUGACAGAACAUCCCAAUGUGCCAGAAAAACGAGGAAUUUACAGAGUCAAGACAUAUUGGUCGUACAUGGUGAUAAAGCCUUAUACAAAUUUCCAUGAGCCAGGCAUCGAAUUUGGUCUUACUUACUAUGAUGAUCCUGGUGUCGCAGUACCAUCUGCUGUUACUACGUGGGUAGCAUUGAGAGGUUUACCAGACUUUCUAGUUCGCAUGAGACAGGCCUCAAAGGAUUACCAAAAAUAUAAACUGAUGAAACAAAAUGCAAUUAAAUCUGAGAAUCAUCUUACAUUUCCUAAGGAGGACGUUUCCAAAGAUCAAAUUAAAGUUGAUGUAGAAAAUAAUUUAGACAAAGAUAAAAAAUCGAUGAGGGAUUAUCAAGAUCCACAAGAUGAUUCUGCUAACAAUACUAACAAAUUGGAUGUGACACACGAUGUACAGCGAGAAAAUGAUAUAACGGAAACUGAAAAUAAGGAUACAAAUUCUACAUCCAAAGAAGAGCAAGGUUUAUUACAUUAUUUCUAUCUUACGAAAUUAUUUGCAUUUUUGGAUUUUUGACAAUUGGAUUUAAUGGAGUAACUUUUGACUAAUGGAUGUUUUAAUGUAAUUUCAUGUGGGGCAAAUAAUAAUCCACUAUUGAUAUAAGAAAUAGAGCAGGUUCAUAGAACAAGCAAUUAUUUCAUUAACAUAUAUUAGACAAAUAGUAUAUGCUUUUGUGUAUAACGAUAUGAAAUUGUGAACAUAUGACAACCCAUCCAUUUUCCAUUUGAUCAGUGAUUUUCACCUUUUAUAAAAAACAAGAAACAAAUCAUAAGCAAAUAAUGAGACUGAUUAAGUGUGUCAUUGCAAUUUUAGUUUAUUCAUCGAAACUUUGCAUCAUGUAUUGUAAACGGUAAUGAAUUAGAAUUAGAACAAACAGAAGAUAAUCUGUUUUAUGAAAAAAUAAUGAAUUUAGCUGAUUUGGUUUGAUAAUUUAUAUGGUAUAUAAACAGAUUUUUCUAUACAAAGCGAUUCAAACUUAUUGUAUCUUUCUAAACAUAGUAUAAAACAAAUAAGAUAUAUUUGUAUAUUAUUUAACCCAUUUAUAUGCAUAUCGUCGAGUAUAAAUUUGCACUAACAAAAAUUCCAAUUUCUUUUUCAAUACGAUACUUUUGAAAGAAAGUUGCAAUUUUAAUAAUUAAUUUAAAAUUUUUGCUAUUAUUGAAUCUUUUUGUAUCUCAAGGAAUUAUAUAUAUCUGAUAUUUUUAAAAUUAUCAUAUAUAUAUACAAGUAAUUUCGUCUUCGCAAAAUUUAUAUAUAUUGUACAUGCACACAUACAAAAUAUCUUAAUUGUUUUACAUUGUAUAUACAUAAUAUAUAGAUAUUUGCACAGAAAAUGUAAAUACAUAUAGAAUAUAAGAGUAUCCACUUAUAUAUUAUGCCUGAGAAUAAAAAAAAACAAAGAAAAUAAUUAUUAUAUAAAUAUUCUUCAAGUAUAUAUAAUAUACUAUAUAAGAAAUUGUGUCAUAGAAAAUGCAAUUGUAACAAUUUUCAUUAGAAUAAUCAUUAUGUAAAUAAAUUGUGUUAAUUAUA